AUGAGCCACUCACACUCCCAUACCAUCCACCACCCCCAUGACGACCUCGAGGACCUCAAUUGCGGCUCCGGGGGCGGCUCAGACACCCUUUUCAAUCUUAGGAUUGCUUCCAUCUUCGUCAUUCUCGUCGGUUCUUCUGCUGGCGCUCUUUUUCCCGUGCUUGCAAAGCGCUCAACAUGGCUGCAUGUCCCAAAAAGCGUCUUUGACUUUGCGAAAUACUUUGGUUCUGGGGUCAUCAUUGCUACGGCUUUCAUCCAUCUAUUAGCCCCAGGCCUUUCUGCACUAUCAAGUCCCUGUUUAUCUGACGCAUGGAAGGAAUACCCUUAUGCCCUGGCCCUUUGCCUCCUGAGCAUCUUCUUUAUCUUUAUUGUAGAGCUUGUUGCCUUCCGCUGGGGGACUGGGAAACUCUCAAAGCUUGGGAAAUCACACGGUGUGUUCUAUCCUUUCAAUUCAUGCUUCUAUUUCCUGUGGCUGACUGAGGGAAAAGAUGCACAUGGUCAUAGCCUCGGCUCACACGCGGCACACGGUCCAGAGGGUACCUUCAAGUCUUCUGAAGCGCCACCUCUCAAGAGCGAGUCGAGCUCUUCUGACAUCGAGAGCGUCAAAGGAAAUGAUCAUGGUCAUGGAUUCCAAGACACGCUAUCCACUCACAUCAUCGGUGUUGGCAUCUUGGAAUUUGGUGUUAUAUUGCAUAGCUUUUUGAUUGGUCUCACACUUGCUGUUGACGAAGGUUUUAAAAUUUUGUUCGUCGUGAUCGUCUUCCAUCAAACAUUUGAAGGAUUGGGAAUUGGUUCACGACUUGCGUAUCUUGAUCUCCCUGAACGAUUCCGCUGGGCACCCAUUGCAGGAGCCAUUUUAUAUGGCCUCACCACUCCUCUCGGGAUCGCUAUUGGGCUUGGCGUCAGACAAACAUAUAAUCCCGGUAGCACAACUGCCUCGAUUGUCAGUGGUGUAUUGGAUUCAUUAAGUGCAGGGGUUCUGACGUACACCGGGCUCGUGGAGCUCUUUGCACAUGAAUUCCUCUUUAAUAAGGAAAUGAUGUCUGCAUCGAACGGAAAAUUGGCUUAUGCAGUAGGCUCUAUGUGCCUCGGAUGUGCACUCAUGGCACUACUGGGUCGUUGGGCCUAA